CUGAGUUCAUUUAUGUUCUGGGAGUGAGUGAUUGACUUUAUCAGUCCAAGGACAUCAUCCGCUUGGUAAGGGGGGGAAGUUUGAUCCUCUUUCUCACGGAUCGCAGUCAACGGGAGUUUUUUUGUCCUCCCAACUCUUAACGUAAGAGUUUUUGCCCCUAUUUUGGCUUGGUUUGGUUUUUAAUGUAGGGCUUUUUCCCCCCACGCGACGUGGUAAAUCUCAGUGCAGUGUGCGUAAGGCUGCGCGCUCCGCUAAACUGGAUUUUAAUUUUGUUUUCCGUUUUCUUCCCGACUCCUAAGUUUGUUUCAAGCUCAUGACUAUGCUUCUUGAUAGCGGUCCGCAGUUUGCAUCGUUAGGAGUGGGGGGGUUCGGGACACCACGGCAUCACGACAUCGGGAACCGAGACCCGAGUCUGGGACUGAAUCCCUUCACUGACUCGUCUCACUCCGCCGCGUUUAAAAUCAGCCCCGUGGCGCACGACAUCGCUUCCAGCCAGACGUCAGCUUUCACCCCGCAAGCCUCUGGAUAUGCAGCUGCCCUGGGACACUCUCACGGCGGGCAGGUGGGCUCGUACGGCGGGGGAGCGUUCAACUCAACGCGGGACUUUCUCUUCCGGAACCGCAGCGGAGAGUCCAGCGCGCCGAGCGCGCAGCAUGGGAUCUUUGCAGCGUCGGCGGGGAGCCUGCACGGUCCGCCCGGGAUCAGCGAUAACCCCGGACAUUUGUUGUUUCCAGGACUGCACGAGCAGGGAGUCAGCCACCCUCCAUCGGGCGGGCAUGUGGUGAACAGCCAGAUGCAUCUGGGCUUAAGGGGGGACAUUUUCGGGAGACCCGAUCCGUAUCGUCCGGUGGCAAGCCCUCGGACGGACCCCUACGGUGCUCAGCUGCAUAACUACAACCACCCCAUCAACAUGAACAUGGGAAUGAAUGUGCCGACACACCACGGUCCCGGGGCCUUCUUCAGAUACAUGAGGCAACCCAUCAAACAAGAACUGUCCUGCAAAUGGAUAGAAGAGAACCAGAUGAACAGACCCAAAAAGACCUGCGACAGGACUUUCAGCACCAUGCACGAGAUGGUCACGCAUGUGUCCAUGGAGCACGUCGGUGGCCCGGAGCAGAGCAACCACGUCUGCUUUUGGGAGGACUGUCCCAGAGAAGGCAAAUCUUUUAAGGCCAAGUAUAAACUCGUCAACCACAUCCGCGUGCACACGGGUGAGAAGCCCUUCCCGUGCCCGUUCCCAGGAUGUGGGAAGAUAUUCGCCAGGUCGGAAAAUUUGAAAAUCCACAAAAGGACACACACAGGUGAGAAGCCGUUUAAGUGCGAAUUUGAUGGCUGCGACAGACGCUUCGCCAACAGCAGCGACAGGAAAAAGCACAUGCAUGUGCACACGUCAGACAAGCCAUACAUCUGCAAAGUGUGCGACAAGUCAUACACACACCCCAGCUCUCUCAGGAAACACAUGAAGGUCCACGAGUCUCAGGGCUCAGAAUCUUCUCCAGCAGCAAGCUCUGGAUACGAGUCGUCCACGCCGCCAGUGCUGGUCUCAGCCAGCACCGAGGAUCCGACAAAAACACCCCCGUCAGCCGUGCAAAACACGUCUGGCCACAGCGAAGGACUGGCACCCAACUUUAAUGAAUGGUACGUCUGAAGUCAGAAGAAAAAAAAGAAAAGAAAAACUCUGUCAGUGUGGACCACGAGAAUGAGGAUAAAUCCAGGAGUCAAUCUUAAAAAAAAGAUUUAAAAAAUACGAUUCUUUGUCUCUUCACACACACACACACACAGCAGAGACACACACAAGUGGGAUUGUGAGAAAAAAAUCAGCAAGAAAUGAGAGCAAACGCCAGCAACAAGCGGGCCACCACCGUUCUCAGGAUCACGAAAUUUGACUUUUUGGAAGAAAAUUAAUCCACAACAUGAAAAAAAUACUGCUUUCUCAGUAUAAAUACGUGUUCUUUUUUAUCCUUUAGUUUACAGAUUUCAGGAAAAAAUACUUUUAUUUUGAACUUUAUGUAUUUUCUCAAAAUUUUAUUUAAAAAUAAAAAAUGGAAAAAAUGGAUGAUUAUUUCACGCUGUUUUCUAUGACGGUGACGCGCUGCUGUCGCCUCUUCAAUUGAUUGUUGAAACUUCGAACAGUCUUAAGAAACGUGCCAAAGUCUUUGUCAUGAACUUGAACAGAGAAGAAAAAAAAGCAUAAAUAAAUAUUAUUCUCGUGAAUGUAUUUUCUUGUUUGAUAGGGUCAAAUCUGUUGUCAACGUCCAGUUUUUCAGGUGGAGACAUGUGGUAUUAGGAUUGUUAUACCGUUGAAUAUAACGUUGCCUUUUGUUAAUACCGUUGUAAAUACAUAUCCAUGAUGCCAUAUUUAUCAAUUUGUAAUUUAAUUAUGGGUAUAAGUUCUGAAACUUAAAUGAUAUUUAUGGAAAUGUUUUCUAACAAGAACUGUACAGCUUUGGUCAUAACCAGCUUAACAUUGAACAAUGAUAAAAGCUCCAACAUCGUGAUUGUAUCCUUCUGUUUUCUUUUUAACCAAUAGGCCUUCAUGUGUCUUAUUUGGAAAAAAAAAAUCAUCUAUAUGAAUACUAUGGAUUUGUCUAUAUAUAAUGCAGAUUUUUUCCCGUCACUUUCAUUUUCUUUAUGAGACCAUUGACAUGUAAUAAAUCAUCUAGAACUGUU